AUGAAUUACACCACACGAGCACUCUCAGAAGCACAGCACUUGGCUUCCACUGGUCGCAUUGCAUUCGGACAAGCAGCAGUCCAGCCCAGGCGAAACUUCUCAGCCACCACCCUACGCAACAGAGACCACCACUUUGACACACUCAAGUUUGUGCAAAGGCUAAAAGAUGAGGGCUUCACCGAGGAGCAGGCCGUGGCCAUGAUGAAGGUCUUGAGCGAUGUCGUUGAAGAGAGCAUCCAAAACCUCACGCGGACAAUGGUACUUCGCGAAGACCAAGAGAAGGCUACAUAUACACAGAAGGUCGACUUUGCCAAACUUCGCUCCGAGCUGCUCUCGGCCGACUCGACUGAAUCAUCCCUGACCCGCGCAUCACACGAGCGUCUGACCAACGACCUGGCCAAACUCAACUCGAGACUACGUGACGAAGUGCAGCGUACACAAGCAUCAGUGAGGUUAGACCUCAACCUGGAAAAGGGCAGGAUCAGAGAAGAGGCGAACUCGCAAGAUCUCAAAAUCAAGGAGACCGAGACCAGGAUUGAACAAGAAGCAGCAGUUCUGAGAGAACGCCUGGAACAAGUCAAGUUCUCGACGCUACAAUGGCUGAUGGGUGUGACGACGGGUACUGCCGCCAUUAUUCUCGGUGUGUGGCGUCUGCUCAUGUAG